AUGAACCAGGCCCGCCAUCAGAGACUUUCUAAUGUCCCCUGGGUAGUCCCAGUGGAGGUUAUGAAGGAAGGCAUGCUGGUCGGUGUACAUGUAAAACCAACUCGGAGCCCCCAGAUACACUUACAAGGAAACAGUUUUCAUUCUCAAAUUAGCGUUACGAGCAAAGUGUCUGUGUCUAAAGAAGCCUUAGCAUGUUCAUUUUGGCCUUCUGACAUUCCAUCCGCAUCCCUUCCUUGUCUGCGUCGCUCCUGCGGGGACGCGUCCACUGUGGAGGCCAGUUCGUUCUCGCCGGAGAAGGCCCUGGUCUGCCUCUCUGGCCUCUCCGCAGUCUCGGCGGCUACCUAUCUACUUUGGGGCGCCGCCGCCAAGAUUUUUCCCAAGGUUUGGGGGGAGGAUUCUUCUAAAAGUUUGGAUCCAGCAUCUACUGCUGUUGCCACUACUAGGUCAAGCACCAUGCUGUUUACCUCAUUUUCAAAUGCUUCAUCCUCCACUGCUGCUACUGGGAUCUCAUUUGGUUCCUCAACAACUUCGACUGGAACACUUGGUGGUACAACUUUGGGAUUUGGAUUAAAAUUCCCUGGAGCCGGUGGAGCAAUGCCUGUUGCAUCUACUACAACAUCAACUACCACUACCACCACUGUCACCACCACUACCACCACUACCAUCACCAGUGGAUUUACCUUGAACAUAAAACCACUGACAUCAGCUGGGAUUGAUAACACUGUUCCAGUCGGCAUUACUUCUAUACCUUUUACUUCGACUGUUAAUGCAAUCAUAACUCCUGUGAUGACAUAUGGUCAGCUGGAUGGUCUGGUAAACAAAUGGAGCCUUGAGUUAGAGGAUCAAGAGAAACACUUUCUUCACCAGGCCACCCAGGUCAAUGUUUGGGACAAUACUUUGAUUGAGAAUGGUGAGAAGAUUACUGCUUUGCAUGGAGAAGUAGAAAAAGUGAAACUGGAUCAGAAAAGGCUGGAAAAAGAAUUGGAUUUUAUCCUGUCACAGCAGAAGGAAUUGGAAGAUCUCUUGAUCCCUUUGGAGGAGUCUGUUAAGGACCAGAAUGGGUCUGUGUAUCUGCAGCACACAGAUGAGCGUGAGAGCACUUACAAGUUAGCCGAAAAUAUAGAUGCUCAGCUGAAACGAAUGGCACAAGAUCUCAAGGACAUUAUUGAGCACCUGAAUACCUUUGGAAGUCCUACUGACACUACUGAGCCGCUCCAGCAGGUCUGCAAAAUUCUGAAUGCUCAUAUGGAUUCUCUGCAAUGGAUUAAUCAGACAUCAGGCAUGCUGCAAAGGAAGGUAGAAGAGGUAACACAGGUUUUCGAGCAUCGUCGUCGCCAGGAGCAAGACCGCAAUAUCAGGAUUGCUUUUGAUUGAAUGAUCCUGUCUUCAACAUGCUGUUUUUGGAUUAUACAUGACCUAUAAAUGUUAAUGGUGUUCAUCAGAGUAGUAUUUACAGUUACAGUUCAAUCUUUGGUGGCAAUAAAGUGUAUGUUCAUUUUUUUCCCAUUUAACUAUUGUGCCGUUGAGAAUGAUACUGUAGUUUGGCUUUUAGUAAUAGCAAAGCAAAGCUAUAUCGGCCCUUCUCUCUAGGCAGCAACCUAUUUGAUGUUGACUCUGUGCGUAAUUCGCGUCUUACUCUUCUAGGUUCCAUAUCUUACCGCCAGCACACAUGGUCCUCACUCCAACUGGAUCAUAGAGAAAUGUUUGCCAAAAAAGUAGAUGCCAACCAGUCUUUACUGGAUGCCUAUUAACAUUCAAUGUAUAGUGCUAGAUACUGUAAAGUCUCCUCAAAGGAACUGUCUACUUUGAUAUGUAAUUAAUGCCUUUCUGUAUAAAAACAAUAUAGACAAUGCAAGAAGUGUGUUAUGUAUUACAGAAAGUAUGUUAUAGAAAUUCAGAGACGGGAGGAAAAGCUAGGGAGGAUUUAGGAUUAAUUCAAGGUUAUUUUUAAAAGGGAAUCCAGGCAGUUCACUUGUUUUUGAUGUACAGAUAAUCUGAUGUUUUACUUGGUUUUAGUGUAUGAUUUAUGGUUGUGGAUUUUGUGUAUUUGUUUGUUUAUUCGCUUCUUAAGAAAAAAGCCUUGUUCUUAGCUUGGGAACAACUUGAUCUCUUGUGUUUCAUGCUUUACUGAAGUCAUAAAUAAAGGCGAUGCCCUGAAAAAUGAAAGUAUAAC